AUGAAGUCGAUGUGGGGUGGAAAUCCUGAUUUUCAAAAUGAAGCUGAUGAUGAAGAUUGGGAUGAUUACAGUCAGAAUCCUAACUUUGGUAAUUUUAGGAAUGAGAGGUAUGGUAAUGCUUAUGGCAAUUAUAGGGGAGGAUACGGACCCAUGAAUACUGCUGGACCAAUGAAUGGUGGUGGAUUUGGUCCAAUGAACAGUGGAGGCUUUAGACCCAUGAACAGUGGGGGUUUUGGACCACCACGUUUUAUGGGACCUCCCCCUGGUAAUUUUGGUCCAGGGCCUAGGCCACUUUUUGCUCCAGAAGAACCUUUUAUGAUGGGAAGAGGAUUUGGGCUUAGAGGACCUAACAAAUUUAAAAGAACCAAUGACAAAGCUUUUAGAUAUUUAGUUCGCUGUGGAGUUCCAAAAGAGCAUUUAAAAAAUUUGCCUGCAUCAUUAUUACAAUUAAUUGAAGAGGAAUAUUGUGGUCUAUGUGCUCAAAGUUUCACUUCUUUCGCCGUUGCUCGCACACAUUAUGUUUCCAAAAAUCAUCUGAAGAAUCAGAAAAAAUGGUUAUCUCAACAUUCUGAUGCCCGUUAUCAACAAAUUAUAGAGAUCCCAUUCAAAUCGCGUGAACUGUAUUGUGAACUGUGCGAUAUACAUAUUACGUCUAAAUCUCAUGCAGAUUCGCACUAUGCGGGCAAACCACACCGUGCUAUUGUAGAGGGUCGAAAAAUGCCUCGGAACCCGACAUUACUACAACGUAGUAAUUCAUCUCGAUUGGAACAACUCAUUCGCCGUGAGAAAAAGCACAUGAAACCCUAUGAACCUAAAGAGGAAAAAGAUAAACCGACUAAAGAUAGCAAAGUUUUUCAAUCUGAGCUUUAUUGCGAUAUUUGUAAGACAUGUGUGACAUGCACCGAUCAAAUGACAAUGCAUUUGAAUGGUAAGCGUCAUUUGUCAAAAGAGAAACACCAUAUUCUAAAAAUGAUGAAGGGUGAAAAUAAAGAUGGCGAUGAAAAAGUUACGAGUGAGCGUGUUGAUGAUGAAGAACUCGAUGAAAACGAAACUGGAAAAGAUGGCGAGAAUGAAGGUGAAGAAGAGGGUGAUGAGGGAAAUGCCGAUGGACAAGGGGAGGAAGAAGAUGCAGGCGCUUACGAUUGGGGAAACGGCAGCGGCACUUGGGACGAACCAGAAACCAUU